ACGACCCGCCAAAAGCAAAAGGAUAAUAUAAUAAACAAAAUUGAAAGCAAAUUAGGAAUAUUUUUGUGGCUGAAAAUUAGGAAGCCAUUGUAAUGGAAGCUGUUGUAGGAAGUUCUCCUUCUCCUUCAUUGACCAUCACUAGAAGAAACUCCACUAUUGCUUUUAAGGUGCUUUCAUGGAAUUCUCUGUACAGUAGAAGUAAUAACUCUCGAGUAUAUCAUCCUAUAUUACGUCUGAAAAGAAGUGGCAAUGACAACUCUGGAAGUUGCUCUUCUUUGUGCUACAUUGAGCAAAUGUUCAGUAACAGAACAUUUUCUCAGCCAAUCUGGAGGCAUAGCAAGAUAUUCAUAGAUAAGCAAAGCUUGCUUGUUGUACAAAAUGGCUUAACUUCUCUACCAAGAAAAUUCAAAACCAGUCUUCACAAAACAGUAAAGCAUUCAGAAAUUUUUAAGUGUUUAGUACCAGAUAUAUUUGUUCGGUCAUGCAUUGGGCUAAUGCUGGUUAUGGCAGUUAAUGGUGCUGUUGUCAAAGCGCCUUCUUUUGCUCUCACUGAAGAAAAUCUGCUUUUCUUGGAGGCAUGGAGAACAAUUGACCGUGCAUAUAUCGACAAGACCUUCAAUGGUCACAGUUGGUUUAGGUACAGAGAAGAUGCACUACGAAAUGAACCAAUGAACACAAGACAGGAAACAUAUGCAGCAAUAAAGAAGAUGAUUGCUACUCUGGAUGACCCUUUCACCCGUUUUCUGGAGCCCGAAAAGUUUAAAAGUUUGCGUUCAGGAACUCAAAGUGCUCUUACGGGAGUAGGUUUGUCAAUUGGCUACCCAGCAGGGAAGAACGAUUCAGCCCCUGGACUGGUCGUUAUCUCAACUUCUCCCGGAGGUCCUGCAAAUAGAGCUGGCAUCUCAUCUGGUGAUAUCAUCCUACAAAUUGACAAUACCAGCACAGAAAACAUGGGUAUAUAUGAUGCAGCAGAACGGUUACAAGGGCCUGAAGGAAGUGGUGUGGAACUAACUGUACUUCAUGGAUCUGAGACAAGUCACCUAUCAUUGAUGUGUGUACAUCUUGUUGAACUCUUACGGGAGAGAGUUUCUCUGAAUCCUGUUAAGUCACGAAUCUGCAAGCUACCCACUGGAGGAGAUGAUGCUCCUCAGAUCGGAUACAUUAAACUAUCAUCAUUCAAUCAGAAUGCUUCUGGUGCUGUAAGAGAAGCGAUCGAAGCCUUAAGAAAAAGCAAUGUUAAUGCCUUUGUCUUGGACCUUCGUGAUAAUAGUGGUGGUCUCUUCCCUGAAGGAGUUGAGAUAGCAAAAAUUUGGUUGGACAAGGGUGUGAUUGUAUACAUUUGUGAUAGCCGUGGUGUUCGAGAUAUUUUUGACACGGAUGGAAGCAAUGUGGUAGCUGCUUCAGAACCUCUAGCAGUGCUGGUAAACAAAGGGACUGCAAGUGCAAGUGAGAUUUUAGCUGGUGCUCUGAAAGACAAUAAGCGUGCGCAGCUGUUUGGUGAACCAACAUAUGGCAAGGGUAAAAUCCAGUCAGUAUUUCAGCUAUCAGAUGGCUCUGGCUUAGCUGUUACAGUUGCUCGGUAUGAAACUCCUGCUCACAACGAUAUAGACAAGGUUGGUGUAAUCCCAGACCAUCCUUUGCCAGCUUCCUUUCCAAAAGACGAUUUGAGCUUCUGUAACUGCCUUCAAAAUCCUGCCGCGACUUGCCACAUAGACAGAAUCGAGCUAUUCUCGAAAUGACAAAGAAAGUACCUUACUUCUCAACAUUCUUGUUUGUAGAUAUCAUUGGUUCUUUUACCAGAUGCAAGUUGAUUAGUUUGCUUGCAUGCAUAUGAUGUUUUUUUGUACAUACAAAGAAACAAGUUCAAGGGACAACUUCAAUUUCUAAUAUUGUUGGACUUUUGCUCUAAAAAGGGUCGAUUUUGCCCCUGAACUAUUUGAAAUGGAACAACUUUGUCCUCCGUUUCAA